GAUGCAUGCGAACAAUUAUAAUUGUCUAUCGAUCUGCCUGUCGAUCCGGAAUACCUCACUUUCGUUCACAUCUUAACCCCGAUCGGUCGAUAAUGCAUUUCACUUCUGCGCUGGCACUUGCGUCACUGGCCGCUCUCCAGGUCAGUGGCACGCCUGUUGAAUUGGUCGAGAGGGCCACCCCGACGCUGUACCUCGCUGGCGACAGCACUAUGGCCAAGGAUGGCGCUAAUGAUGGAGAUACUGAUGGCUGGGGCCAAUACAUCGGCAACUACCUCACCAUCCCCGUAGUUAACAAAGCCAUCGGUGGCCGAUCCGCCCGCAGCUACACGGACGAAGGCCGCUUCACCGAGAUUGCCGGCCUUGUCCAGUCCGGCGACAUCGUCGUCAUCGAAUUCGGCCACAACGAUGGCGGCACCCCGGUCUCCUCCACCGACAACCUGCGCAGCGACUGUCCCGGCGCGGGGUCCGAAACCUGCAUCUCCGGCGUUACGGGAGCUACGGUAUACACUUUUGUCCACUACGUCGAAGCCGCGGCGAAGACUUUGAUCGCCAAGGGUGCACAGGUUAUUCUGUCCAGUCAGACCCCGAAUAACCUCUGGGAGACGGGGACCUUUGUCGCUACUGCGCCGAGGUUUGUGGGGUACCAAAAAACGGCCGCUGAGGAGGUCGGCACGGGGGCCACGUUUGUGGAUCAUUUCCAGGCGGUCGCCAACGCGUAUCUGAAGAGAGGAUCGGUCAAGACAAAUGCGUUGUACCCCAAUGACCACACGCACACGAGUCCCACGGGUGCUAUUCUGGUUGCCCAGUCUUUUGCGCAGGCGAUUAAUGUGGCGCUUAAUGGGACGACGCCGUUGAAGAGUUAUUUGACGGCUAGCCCACCCGUUGUUUGGUAGAGGGUGUGAAGAGAGAUUGGGGUGGUCCGGCCGCAUAUUAUUGCGAUAAUGGAAAUGUGGCGGUCGGAUAUGGAGAG